GCGAAAAUAUUAGCGCUCAGUGGACAGUUUGAAAUUCGUUGAGACGCCACGCGGCUCAAUUUGUUUUGUUUUUUGCGUGCGCGUGAUCUUUGAAGUCUUGACGCUCCUUCUCAGUCGCGUAUAAUUGAAAUUUCUCACCAGACCAGCAACAGCGUUAUUCCUCCAUCUUUUGCUGGGCAUCAGUUUGGAUUUCAUGCAUCCAUUCCUCCGAAUCGAUAGAAGCCUAAUCUGCCUGGUAAUUGGUUUCGAAGAUUAUGAUCAAGUCUGCGGGUAAAGAUGUGAAGGCAGCCGUCGCUUGGGCUGGAUCGGACCUCAUCUUCACUUUUUUCGCAUCGCCAACGGAACCAGAUGAUGGUCAGUGAACGCAUCUCAGCUGCAGAGAUCGGCUUGUCACUCUGAAUUCCUGCAUGUAGAGUGCUGUCAUCAGCAAAGCUGUGGAUUGGGUUGAUCGUACAGGAAAGGAGGUCAUUGAUAUGCAAGAAGAACCAUGUCGGAGCCAAAGCCAAUCCCUUGGGAAGACCCGCGUUGACCUUGCGGGAUGAAGAGGAGAUGUCGUCAAUCACGUCGGAUACCUUGCGGCCAAAGAGAAAGUCAGCCACCCAUCUGCAAAGCCUUUCAUGGGAUGGAAGUUUUCUGGAUUCAUAUGAUAUAUGGAAGAGACGCGAAAGAACUGGAGCAAGCUCCGCUGCACACCUCUUCAGUACAAUCAAGUCCGGACCAGAAGCUUUGCUGGGGGGCGUCCAUGGUGCAGUUGGCAGCAAAGAUCUUGGCAAGCACUUCAGCCUUGGCCUUCGAGUCAGUUACAAUCAUUCCAUCCUGACACGGUUGGAUUUUAUUGAAGGACAAGGAGAAGACUUUGAAAGAGCUCUAGAAUAUACUGGUUUUGGAAAGUUUCACUUCAUCCUUUUAACAGUAUGCGGCCUAAUAUACCUCAACACUGCAGUUGGAAUAACCAUCAUAUCAUUCGUGCUCCCAUCAGCAACAUGCGACUUCCAAAUGUCAUCUUCGGACAAGGGAUGGCUCACCGCAGCCCCUAUGCUUGGGAUGGUAAUUGGCUCGUAUUUUUGGGGCUGCCUGGCUGACACGAAGGGAAGAAAAAUUGUACUGAUAGGAGCUUUACUGAUGGAUGGAAUAUGCGGCUUAUUAUCCAGUAUCUCACAGGUAUACUGGCUGUUCAUGCUUUUGAGGUUCCUUAACGGAUUCGCUAUUACUGGUGCCAUGGGUAUAUGCUUUCCCUAUUUGGGUGAAUUUCAGCCAACAAAGUACAGGGAAGUAAUUUUAUGUUGGAUGGAAUUAUUUUGGACGCUUGGUGUUAUAAUAUUACCUGGUAUCGCAUGGAUCAUAAUCCCGAUGCGAUUCGAAUACGUGACAGAAUCCUUCAAAUUCGCAAGCUGGAACUUAUUCGUAGCAGCGUGUUCCGUGCCCAGUAUCCUGAUAGGCAUGUGGCUGUUCUUCUUUCCAGAAAGCCCUAAGUUCCUCCUGGAAUGCGGUGAAGCGGACGAAGCCUUGGAGGUUCUCCGGGAUAUGUACGCCAGCAAUACGGGAGAAGAUAGCGGAAAAUUCCCGGUAACGAGUCUCAGAGAGAAAGUGCGAACAAUGAGUGUAGUGUCGCAACAAUCUACCAGAAGCAUUAGGAGUUUGAGGUUAAGGAAGCCCAAAGAGUUGAAACUACUUCUACGGGAAAUCUGGGAACAGACAAAGGCGUUGUGUAAACCUCCACAUCUUCGAUACACAGUCAUUACUUGUUUUAUACAGUUUGGAUUGACUACAAGUUACUACACUUUGAUGAUUUGGUUCCCUGAGCUGUUCUAUCGUUUCGAAGAAUUCGAAAAUCUCCACCCAAAUGAAAAAGCCUCAGUUUGUGAAGUAUCAUCAGUUGUUAUACCGGUCAACAGUACCUUGGGCCACACAGAGUACUGUGGUGACCCCAUUGCAGACUCCGUGUUUCUCCAUACGCUGAUCAUAGGCUUGGCAUGUAUCCCAACCAGUUUCUGGUUGCCUCUUUGCGUACACAAGCUGGGUGCCAAAUUCUUUUUGGUUUUCAGUUUGUUGGUAGCAGGAGCUGUAACGAUGGGCUUAUAUUUCGUGGAUUCUACGACAUCCAACUUGGUACUAUCCUGUAUUUUCGAAGCGCUCACCAGUUUAGGAAUUAGUACUGUAUAUUGCGUCAUGGUAGACUUGUUCCCCACGAAUUUGAGGGUAAUGGCAGCAGCACUGUCACUCACUUUUGGUAGAGGUGGAGCACUGAUAGGAAACCUACUGUUUGGUUUCCUUAUAGACUUGAAUUGCGUCGUGCCAAUAGUAUUAUUCGCAUCUAUGUUGAUAGGAAGUGGACUCCUCUGUCUAAUGUUACCAAACACGGGUAGAGAUACUCUAGAUUAGAAAUUAGAUAUACUAGUACCUAUAUAUUUUUGUAACAUGUACACAAGACGAGUCACGUAGGUCUGAAUGAAGUAGCAGAUAUAUAUUUUUGUAUAUUGUUUUUGAAUCAAAUGACAGAAGAAUAGUAUACGUCCAAUGAGAUUCAUGACCUUGAAUCAUUAUUCAUGCCUGUUUGUGCCUUAUUCAUGUAAAAUGAAAAUAGUGUUCUGGAGGAAGGCUCCGCAGAAUGCCAUGAAAUAAAACAUGCAUAAUAGAACGUGGAAUAUACCAUAGAAUAUACAGGAUGUUUAUUAGACAUGAGACAAAACAAGCAGUCUGGGCUAUUGUGUUGUUUGACAGUUUUUGAGGUGUCUUACUGUUUCACAAGUCCUUGCCGUCACUAUUUCGUAGUAUCAGGAAAACAAUAUAUAUCAUGAUUAUAACAAUAUCUUUUAAUGAAAAUGCAUAAUUAUCUAACCUGUUAAUCUACAUGAAUUGCUAAAAUAACUAAAUCCACUCUGAAUGCAAUAGUCCAUCCAGUAUUCUCAUACAUGGCGAGUUCUUUGAAAAUAUUGUUUUAUAUCAUUGGAAAAUAUCAACAUCGUCUAAUAUCGAGUUACGUUCAACGUCAACCCAACGUUUCGCACUUUCAGCGGUUUUUACCAAUUUUUGUUGUACUACACACACAACACACCCACACACAUCGUAAGGGAGACAUUUAAUUUUUGUCGCAUGUUUCAAUAAAUAUUCCGUUCCUACGCUAUAAAAGAUCUAGCAACAUUAGUUAUAUAGAAUUUGUAAACAAGAAGCUGCAUAUUUUUUAGGUAUAAUUUUCGAGAAACAAACUAAGCGAUAAACAGUAUGUGAUUGAAAAUUUGGACUUCAAAGAAGUACCUUUAAAGAAUAAAAUCCUCAUUACAACCGCGCGAAGAGCAUAUCAAUAAAAAAAAUGAACAAAUGAUAUAAAAGACGCAAGGUUUUUAUAAAUAUAAUAGGAAAAAGUUGAGAUUUCAUUUCGUUAUUAAUUUGUUCUUCCAACUGUUGUUACAAAAAAAUCGGACACAAAAAAAAAGACAGUGAUUCUCCAAGCAAAACAUAUAUUUAACAAAGAGCACAUUUUAUUCUUCAUUAUAGUUUAGAUACUCAAUGUCUGUGUUUUAUCUAUAGUUUACUUGGUAUGCAGUUAUUACGAGUAGUAUUAUCUUAAUACCCAGUGUGUCAGUUUUUAUUGAAGCUGGAAGGAAAUAAAUAUAUUAAUAUAGGUAAAAAUUGUCAAAAGCGGCAAUGUUGCAAAUAAUUUCAUGUACCUACCAGUAAAAAUUCGCGUCUAUUCACCCUCAUUAGAUUUCAGAUUUAUUUGCCCAGAUUUGUCGAUCAGCGGGUGCGUCACCAGCGAUUUCACCAAUCCCGUAGGCUCGAUUUCAUUCUAUCAGUUGUACCCGUGGACGCGUACCUUGAACUUGAAUAAAGUAAACCGAGGGAUUCUGGUUCAACGAUUGUUCUAUUAAACUUAAGAAUACCUAGAUAAUAAAUCGGAUCAUUCUUCAAAGCGUCAAUGGAAACUGUACCGUUAUUCCGAUAGUUCAAAUGCUUUUUUAUAUAGACAAACAUUGAUCUUGUUAUUUUUUUAGGAAUGUAGAAUUGUAAGACAUAGUAUUGUUAAGCUUUAUUUAUUAUGUAAAUAAAUUUUUGCAAACUUAACAUUCACUUUCAUAAAUGUCAGGUCCAAGAAAGUAUAAGUCAAUAAAUAUAAGUUAUGAGUACAUAAAAAA